GCGAGAUAUCGUGUCCUGGAAUUGAAAUCUAGGGUUUCGUUUUUCGUGUUCUUGUUUUCCUGGUCUGAUUUGAUUUCGCCAAAGAGUUCUUUCUCUGUUGGUUGAUUGUGUUUUUGAAUCUUUAGGGGUCUUCUGGGGUUUUCAUAAUUUGGGGUAUUAUCUCGUGUUUGGUUUCUUGGGUUUGUGUUUCUAUCGCGCUUUUCUUGAUCGCUACGUUCAAUUGUUCAUUGAGGAGAGACCUGGUUAUUAAUACGAUGGCGGCAGGGGGAGUUGAUGUCUCCAGAAGGUCUGUUGUCGUCGACUUGCCCAAAAAAGACUAUGAUUGUUACAAGAAUGCUUCUUGUGGUUUGUAUCGGAAGGCUGAGGGGCGUCAAAUCAGCCUUUGGUCUGAGCACGAUGGAAAGAGGAAGGAUUUGCAACAAGAUUUGUCCAAUGGAUUGGAAUUGGUUCAGCAACGCCCUGAGAAGAGGAAGUAUUCUCCUUUCACAUGGGAUAUAGAAGACAAGGUGGCCGCAGUUCAUCCUAAGAAGACUGUUAAACUCGCUUCUAGGAGGGGGAUUUCUUCUGAGAAUCAUGUCAAUGUUAAGAUGUCACUGGAUUUUCCAACUCCUAUUGAUGAUCUUGAGGAAGGUCAGUUGGAGGAAGAGGUUCAGGGACCUAAUAUUUUGAAGUCCAGAUGGGCAUCGGGUUUGGAUUCUCCAAAGGAUGUAACCGGAUCUGAUAAUGUUCCCAAGACUAGCAGAUGUAGUAGUAGCACUUCAACUCCUGAGAGUGGGGAAUUCUUGUUGGGGGAAUCUGAAGAACAUAAGUCCCAAUCGUUUGGGAGUGGUAGUGGGCUUCUAAGUGCUGAACGGCUCAGUGGUCAUGAAUGUUCAGAUCACGAGUUGGAGAGUCACAGUCAUAUGGAUAUAGAUGAAGCACGAUGUUACAGGUCUGAUGUUAACCUGUUGGACGUUGAAGAGCCAGACUCGUCGACCGAGGGAAGCAUGAACAUGCUACUGGGUAUCAGGAAUGUUGACGAAUAUGAGAAGCUAAACAAGAUAAGUGAGGGCACUUAUGGAGUUGUAUACAGAGCUAGGGAUAAGAAGACAGGAGAGAUUGUGGCUCUUAAAAAGAUCAAGAUGAACAUUGGUAGGGAAGAUGAAUAUGGAUUCCCUUUGACAUCUUUGAGGGAAAUUAACAUACUCUUGUCUUGCAACCAUCCUUCAAUAGUGAAUGUCAAGGAAGUUGUGGUGGGGAACAAUGAUAAUGUUUUUAUGGCCAUGGAACAUUUGGAACAUGACCUAAGGGGCUUAAUGGACCGGAUGAAGCAACCCUUCAGCACUAGUGAGGUGAAAUGUCUGAUGAUACAGCUGUUGGAGGGUGUGAAAUAUCUCCAUAGUAAUUGGAUUAUCCAUAGGGACCUUAAGCCAUCAAAUCUUCUUAUGAACAACAGUGGGGAUUUGAAAAUUUGUGACUUUGGCAUGGCUCGCCUGUAUGGGAGCCCUCUCAAGCCCUACACCCAGUUGGUUGUUACACAAUGGUACAGGACCCCUGAACUUCUUCUGGGAGCAAAGAAGUACUCUACGGCAGUUGAUAUGUGGUCAGUUGGUUGCAUUAUGGCUGAACUGUUGUCUAGAAAUCCUCUUUUCCAAGGGAAAGGUGGGAGUGAUAUUGACCAAUUGCGCAAGAUCUUUGCGCUCCUCGGAACACCAAGCGAGACAUCGUGGCCUGGAUUUUCUUCAUUGCCUGGUGCCAAAGCAAAUUUUGUUACGCAACCGUACAAUUUGUUGCGUAAGAAGUUUCCAGCUGCAUCCUUCACUGGAUCACCAGUACUUUCUGAUCUGGGGUUUGAUUUGCUGAGCAGAUUACUAAGCUGUGACCCUGAGAAGCGUUUAACAGUAGAUGAAGCUCUUAACCAUGAUUGGUUCCAGGAAGUUCCUCUCCCAAAAUCCAAAGAAUUCAUGCCGACUUUUCCUCCAAAAUGUACCUAAUAGAUCUAUUGUCGGCAGAUAUCAAAUGGUAUACGGCUAAGGGAAGUCAUUGGUUGUGUUUUGAUCUUUCUUCUGAUUGAGGAUUUUUCUGAUUCUUCUUAACACGUCUUUGAACAACAUGGAGCUUCAGCGUUAGCUAUUAUUUAUUGGAAGGAAGCAUCAUGACGUGCUUUUGUUACCUGGAGAGUUUCGUGGCUAGUAUGCAUUGUAUUCAGAUUGGAAUGUGUAUGUAUGAGUGAUCCAUGAAACUGCAAGGUGUUGGUCUUUUUCUCUCAUAUGAGAUGUAGAUCAGAUUGACAUCAAUUCUUGUACAUAAAUUGGUUCUAUUUUACCGGAAUAAUCAUUGAGUUAUGUCUUUCAGUUUA